AUGAAGGAUGCCGCAUAUUGUCCAGUUGACGAUGGCAGUGACUGCCGCGGGAGCAGCAGUCUUGACAAAGACGAAUCCAGACGAGUGCUUCUUAGCAGACCGUUUGAGGACCAUGUGGUUCACUCCAGUCCACCCAUGAGCCGAAAGUACUUGUUCUUCGGAUUGUUCUGUGUCGUUCUACUGAUGUUGAAUACUGUGAUGCUUGUUUUCAACCUCUGGACAACCACGCCCCAUUCCCGCAAAGAAGGCUUCAUUCAGAAGCCUACAGAUUACUGGUUGCCAGGCUUUGAAAGUGGAAUCGUUUACGAGAAACGACAAUUCCAUAGCGCCCAUUCAGAAUACGCGGGUGUGGGACCGGAGGUAGAUGCCAAAUGGCACGACUUGACAAGAGGUGCAAUGGGCAUCAGUCGCCAGCAGCUGACAGCAUUGAACAAUCAUCCCGAUGUUGCAGUACAGAUCGAAAACGCUGGCCCUGACCAAGAGUAUAUGGCGACCUUUGACGUUCUUCACCAAUUACACUGUGUUGAUCUCCUGCGGAAAGGUAUCCACAUGGAUUACUACAAAGACAAAGAUGAGCAUUUCGUGAAUCAAACAGAUGAGCGUAUCUUCUUUCACUUAGGUGGGUCUUAA